UUUUUUUUUCCUUGGUUGUAACUAACUUCUUUUCCCCCACCUCCUUCUUCUUUCUUUUCUUUCUUCUUAAGCUAUAAAGUAGCACAGACACUCCCUUUUCUUUCAUUAACUUUUCUUAACCCAUAUGCCAGAAGAGAAUGGGGGAGACAUUUCAGUACGAGUUGUUCUUAACGAUGGCUCUGCUCAAAGUAUGAUCCUUCUUACUGGUCUGAAGAACAUCUUUCAAAAGCAACUUCCAAAGAUGCCAAAAGACUACAUUGCACGCUUAAUAUAUGACAGAAACCACUCGAGCAUGGCUUUAAUACGACAUCCUAUGAAGGUGAUCGGUGGCAUCUGUUACCGACCGUUUGACAGCCAGGAGUUUGCAGAGAUUGUGUUUUGUGCGAUUGCCUCUACAGAACAAGUCAAGGGCUAUGGUUCUUAUCUCAUGAAUCAUUUGAAGGAUUAUAUCGCAAAAAACACAAAUAUGAAGCAUUUCUUAACGUAUGCCGAUAACUACGCCAUUGGUUAUUUCAGGAAGCAGGGAUUCACAACAGAGAUCACGUUGGAUCGAAGGAAAUGGGUUGGUUAUAUCAAGGAUUACGAAGGAGGAACAAUCAUGCAGUGCACGAUGGUUCCCAAGGUCGAAUACUGCAAGGCAAGAGAAUUGCUUGAGCUACAACGGAAGGCAGUACUGGAGAAAACCCAACAGUACUCCACAUCACAUAUUGUAUACCCCGGGAUCGACAUGCCGGUAGACGAGGAUGGAAAACGAAGUAUCCAGCCGCUCAAAGUGCCUGGCGUCCAGGAGUCUGGCUGGACACAAGAGAUGGACGACUUAUCAAACCGACCUCGACACCCUGCGCAUUACAACCAAAUGCGACAUAUUGUGUCCGAGCUACGAGCGAGUCCACAUUCAUGGCCAUUUGUUGAAGCUGUCAAUCCAGACGAAGUGACGGAUUAUUACGACAUUAUCAAGGAUCCAAUGGAUCUCUCGAUGCUCGACCAAAAUGUCGAAAACGAUGUCUAUGACACGAUGGAUGAGUUUGUCAAGGAUGUACAAAAGAUCUUUGAUAACUGUCGACUAUAUAAUGCUGAUACGACCAACUAUGCUCGAUGUGCGAAUCGGCUGGAGCAACUAUUCAAGGAACGGCUUCAAGUGUGGACCAGCGGCGGCGAUUCAUAAAGGAGCACAAAAGGUUAAGAGAAAAGCAAAUCAUUGUAUAUUGUAAAUAUUCCCUUCUUUUUUUUUUACUACUACUACUAUUACUUAGAAACAAGCAACAAAAAAAGCAACAAAACAAACACAU